CGCUUCUUGACGGUUGUUAGACUCCACAUCGCCGCAAGCCAUGCUCGGUCGUACGGCAUCAUCACGGCUGGCCUCAAGGUGCUGUUCUCAUCUCGAAAGUCUUUCUGGUGCCGGCCUCGUAUUUAUAGGCCUAAUGUGUUGCACGCAAGAACAUUUCAAUUGGACGUCCAGGUGGAAAAGAACAAAGUACGGUUCCUCUUCCCUCCCAAGGAUAGCCAGCCAGAACAUUCUAUCGAUGUGUACGUCUUUUUGAAUCGUCAUGGGGAGCUUAGGGUACAAAUCUGA